ACGAUUUUGUUGUUCGAAGGUAUACGUUGUAGUCCAUUCCACUUUGGUCGCCGCGAACGGUGUGUGAGUGGUUGAGUUGAGUGAGAGCGUGUGUGUGUGUGCUGCGCCAGCUUGCAACUGUUUUUGUAUUUCAGAUGGUGUGGUGUUGCGUGCCUGUGUGUAUUACACUUGCAGACAAAGAAAUUUAAAACAAAUAAAGAGAAAAAGAAACACAAAAACAACAACAGAAGAUAAAAAAAAUCAUUUCAUCAUUAGGUGUUGUGUAGUGCUCUGCUAAACAAAGAUCCAAAUUGUUUUAUUUUAAAUAAAGUUAAAAGUUCUAAUCAAAUUUGAUUUCAUACAACGUACAAGCAGUGAGGGCUUAAUAAUUCCCAAGGAGCAUAUAUUCCAUUUAUUCAUUCAUUGGUUGGCCUUGCUUGCUGCAAAAACGAAGGCCACGGUGGUGUGAAGAACGUCGUGGUUUAUCGUAUUGAAGCCUUGACUGUACUGUGUAUUGAGAUUUGUAGUUUUUUCCACCACCACCACCACCACCCCCCUUACUUUAACACACCACACAGAGAAAAUGUCUUCGCCAAGUGCUGGAAAACGACGCAUGGAUAACGAUGUCAUCAAGUUGAUAGAGUCCAAACAUGAAGUUACCAUUAUUGGUGGCCUUAAUGAGUUUCAUGUCAAAUUCUUUGGUCCCCAUGGGACACCGUACGAGGGUGGCGUUUGGAAGGUUCGUGUCUACCUGCCCGACAAUUAUCCCUUCAAAUCGCCCAGCAUAGGUUUUGUGAAUAAAAUCUAUCAUCCCAACAUUGAUGAGUCAUCGGGGACGGUGUGUCUGGAUGUAAUCAAUCAGGCCUGGACAGCGCUGUACGAUUUGUCAAAUAUAUUCGAAUCAUUUUUGCCACAAUUGCUCACAUAUCCGAAUCCAGUGGAUCCAUUGAAUCGUGAUGCAGCCUCUCUAUAUCUACACGAACCCGAAGAGUAUCAUCGCAAGGUGGCCGAUUAUGUGCAACGCUUUGCCACCGAAGAAGCUUUGAGAGCCGCCCAGGUGGAACGUGAGAGUAGUGAUACCGAUGAGUCCAGCAUGUCAGACUAUAGUGAGGAUGAGGCAAGGGAUAUGGAGUUAUAAUACCGGUUUAUAAUUAAGUUAAUUAUAUGAAUUUGAAAAUAAUUGCAAUAAUAAUUAAAACUAGAUUAAAACAAUUUCCGAAGAGAACAACAGCAGCAACAACUACAAUAGUGAAAACAAAAUCCCAAACACACACAAAACCCCAACUUUGUAUUCCUUUCCAGAAACUCUUAUAUCAAUCUCCCUAUAACCUUGUGUAUGUUUUUGUCUUUAACUAUUACUCCUGUACCCUUUUAGCCAACUCCAACUACACCAGAAGAGACCAAAAUAUCAGUCCUCUAAUCAAGAUGCAACAAUAAUAAACUUAGCCAAUAAUAAUUUUAUGUUAAAGAAAUGUUCUUUUUCACAAAAAACAAAACAAAGAAAUAAAAUGAAAUUACCCUAA